AGGUUCAGAGAGAUAGCCUGGAAGAGAGGGAGAGGGAGUAGCAGUGAGAGGCAGAACAGGAAGAAGAUGGCACUGGAGCUAUUUGAGCAGAAGAGGAAAGACUGUAGGUAGGUUAGAACUGAUAGAACUGAUAGAACAGAUAGAAUAGACAGAACACACAUCCAGGGAUGGGUAGAAUAGAAGGAGAUAGUAUCUGUCUUCCUGGAUUUGAUGAUCUGCUGAUGCUCAGUGAAGAAAAGGAGGACCUGUCUCUGAAGGCAUCAUGGUCUGAAGGCUUCUGAGCAGAUCAGCAGCAAGGCUGCACACAGCCAAAGCAGAGGAGGCAGAGGAACUAAAGCCUAUUGAAGGGUGGAGGCUGAGAGAUAGAGAGAAAGAAAGAGAGAGAAAAAGAUAGAAAAGAAAAAAGAGAGAGAUAAAGAGGGGAUUCAUUAAAAACGAAAGAUCUCAAGUGGCAUCAUGAGAACUUCCAGGAAAGGGGCCGUGGAAAUGCCUGCUUUUGUUCGUCAGCUGGUCAAAGAGACCGAGAAACGGGUCACCUCCUUUUUUAAAGGGGGCCGAGGAGGAGGCGGGGGCGAGCUGGCCGAGGGGGAGGAUGGGGCGGAGGAGGAGGGGGUCAUCCCCAGCCCUUACCUGGACCGCCCCGUGCUGGACAAGUACAUGGAGGAGGGCUGCGCCUCCUGGGGCCUCACCUACGCCCUGGCCAGCAUGCAAGGCUGGAGGGCCCACAUGGAGGACUUCCACAACUGCUUCCCCCAGCUGGGUGGGGAGUUGUCCCACUGGGGCUUCUUCGCCGUUUACGAUGGGCAUGCCGGGAGCACGGUGGCCCAGCACUGCUCAAGGAACCUGCUGGACCACAUACUGGGCACAGGAAAGAUCCGGGCAGAUGAAGAUGUGGAGCAAGUGAACGAGGGCAUUAAGGAGGGUUUCUUCCUCAUGGACAAGCACCUUCAUGCCAUGGCCUGUCGUGAGGGCUGGGAGCGAGGGGGCACUACCGUGGUUUCCACAGUGAUCACCCCCCAUCACAUCUACUUUGUGAACUGCGGAGACUCGAGGGCCGUGCUGUGCCGUGGCGGGCGCGUGGCCUUCUCCACAGAGGACCACAAGCCCUUCUGCCCUGGAGAGAAGGAGCGUAUCGAGAACGCGGGGGGCUCGGUCACUCUGCAGCGGGUCAACGGCUCCCUGGCUGUCUCCCGGGCUCUGGGGGACUUCAGCUAUAAGGCGGCUGAGUGGCGGCCGGCCACCGAGCAGAUGGUCUCGCCGGAGCCGGAGAUCUGCACUGUGGAGCGCUCCCUGGCUGAUGAGUUCGUAGUGCUGGCCUGUGACGGGGUGUGGGACACUGUCAGCAACGAGGAGCUCUGCGCAUUCGUACGCAGCCGACUGCGAGUCUGCACUGACCUCAGAGACGUUUGCUCCCAGGUCAUCGACCUGUGCCUCUAUAAGGGAAGUCUGGAUAAUAUCAGCAUCAUUCUGGUGUGCUUCCCUGGCGCUCCGCAGCUAUCACCUGAGGCUCUGCACCAAGAAGCAGAGUUGGAGGAUUUCCUGGAGUGUAAAGUUGCAGAGAUAUUUGAGGAGCUGAGUGGAAGAGGAGAUGAGCCUGAUCUGCUGUCAGUUCUUACCGUUCUGGCUUCCACAGUCAUACCUGGACUUCCACCAGGGGGAGGCCUUCAAAGCAAGCGGAACUGUAUCAUCUCAGCUUACUACCAGCAAAAAGAGGCACGGAAAUCUAGAUUAUCCCAGGAACUGGGUUCUGCAGAUUCCACUUAGGAUUUAUCCUCUAAAUUCGAAGUAACAUGGGCUCCUGCUGACAUCCUGGAAUAAAGAUAUUAUUCCAUAAAAUUCAACAUGCCAGAAAUAAGAAGUAUGAAAGUGUAUUGUCCAGCAGGGGGCAUCAUUCUCACAUCCUGCUUUCUUUCUAUUGAUCUCUUAUGGGAGAGAUUAUAAGAAUAGUACAUUUUUGGUGUGUUUUUGUGAAAUACACGCUUCUACAGUAAAAUACAGUUCAGAGAGAUUACCUUCCUACCCUUUUAAUAUUUCUAAGGUGGUUAAUUUAAUUAUCUCCAUGUGUAAAUAUAUAUAUAUAUAUA